AUGUCAUUGUGUGAAUUCCCACCAGAAGAAUUGAGACAAAUAUUCCAGAAAUAUUUAGAUGAAUUAAACCGCAUAUUUUAUUAUUAUAUAAAUAUAUCAUUAAUUUAUACAAUAUCUCAUGGAAAUAAUGAUAAGGAUAUAAAAUAUUAUGUACCAUAUUAUGAAAAAUUUUCACGAAAAUAUAAUGAAAUAGCAGAAAAAUGUAAUUUUUAUAAAUGCAACAAAUAUUGUAAAGAAUUAUAUAACUUGGGAAAUGACUAUUAUAAUGCUCGGCGUGAGUUUAUUCUACGUAAUAGCGAUUAUGUAAAUAAAAUACCAGGACUAUCAACAAUACCAAAUUGUUCUAAUUAUAAUAAUAAUGAUGAUGAAAGCUUGGAAUGUGUCGACAUGAAAUACUUGAAACAGGAAAAUAAUACAAAUGAUAAACUACACUACUCACGAGUUUUAUUUUCAUUUAUAUAUAUACUUAUUCCUGUUUUGUUAUUAAUAAUUUAUAAGUUUAGAUCCUUUGAAAUUUGGAUGAAAUCUAUGUUUAGAACUGGAAUCCCACUUACAGACAAAGUAAAAGAAACCUCUCCAGAAGAAACAAAUGUUAUUGAAAACGAUACUGAAGACGAAAAGAAGGAAAAUCAAGUGUCGGAAGAAAAUGAAAAAGAUAAAAAAGGUGAAGAUCCUGAGACUCAAAUAAUAACGAAUAUAACACCAGCAAAUACAUGA